UAGAAAAAAGUAGAUUUCUAUCUGUGAUCUAUAAGCCCCGCCCCCCUGCGCUGUCACUCACUAAAACCUCGUUGCCGUGGUGACGCUUCCGCACACAGACGCCGGAGCAGCAGUUUCAACAUCUUUUUAAUCUGAGCAGAGUGAGGUGUUGUUACUUUGACUUCACCGCUUCCACUUCUGCCGAUCGGUUGACUGAUGAUUGAUUGACAGGCAGGCAGUCGUCAUGACAGCCGGAGCGGUGUCGGCUCCGCUCAUCAUUCCCAUCAUCCACCUGCAGACACACAGAACCAAGAACCACAUCGACACCGACACGCCUGUCUCCAUCCAGUCAGACACUCCUGAAGUUCUGAUCUUCUACACUCUGGAUGGGUCGAAGCCGGCGGCGGCGGUGCAGCGGGGGUCAGCAGGCAGCAGCAGGAAGUACUGCGAUCCCAUCCUGCUGCCUGCUGGGCGAGUGGCUGUCAGAGCUGUAGCUGUCACCAGUGACGGCAGGGAGAGCGCCACAGUGACAAAGGUUUUCUCUGUUGAACUCGUGGAUUCAAACAGGAAGGAGAACGAGGAGAACGUCCUGCAGAGCGACCAGCGGCGUCCGUCUGAAGGAACCUCGCGGUCUGCUGGGAACUCUGCUGGAUCCUCACUGAGGCCUUCAGGUCCUCGCUUUCUGAACAGUCGACUGGGCCCUCCGACCACAGCUGCCCAAACUGGAUCUCCCCAACGUUCCCAAUCAGCGAGUUCAGGUGUGUUGAAGCAGCUGAGCAACACGGAGACGUCCCGAAUCCACCGAGAGACCGACUUCCUGCGGUGCGCUCAGUGUUUGAGUUUCCGUCCUUCAGAUCCUUUCGCUCGGUUCUGUGCUCAGUGUGGAGCCGUGGUUCCUCCUCUGCCUGAGCAGAGACUGCCCCCUGCUGAGGGAGGACAGAUGGUUUGCUGUGUGUUCUGUAACACUCUGGUUCCUGCGAACACUCAGACCUGUUUAAUCUGCGAAGCCUCCACCCAUCAACAGCUGCAGCCACAGUCCAGCCGCACACUGCAGGAUCAUGUGCUGUGUUUUUGCUGUGGAACUGGGAAUCCAGCUCACAUCUCCAGCUGUUUGACCUGCGAGAGCCGCCUGCAGCCGACGCUGCGGCUGGCGAACAGCGCCCCCUCUGUCCCGUCAGCAGACGGCAGGAUGUUGAUCUGCUCCAGGUGUAAACGUAGAAACCGCGGUGACGCCAGAUACUGCGACUGGUGCGGCUCAAAGCCCGGCCAUGCAGCCAGCUGUGUGAUUUGUUGGCGAUGUGGAGCGAGCGGACACCCCUACGCCUUCUACUGUGCAGCCUGCGGCGUCUUCCUGGAAGCUCCGCCCCCUCCCACAUCCUGCAGUGAGGUCACACGACCUGUUGGGGGUGUCGCCAACAACAAGCUGGCUACAGCCUCGGCUUCCCAUGAUGCCACCUGGCAAGCCACAUCCUCCUCUGACCCCCCACACAGCAAGAAGUUAGCCACGCCCACUGUAGAGCGUUACACGCAGACUGUAGGACUCUAUUACCCAUCAGCCACUGAGCUGCAGAGGAAGGAGGAACAGAUGGCGCAACAAGUCAGCAAGCAGCAGGCGACCAGAGACCGCCAACCGCUGCUGACCGCCGUCAGCCCGGGCAGAGGUUUCUGGAGGAAGCAGUUGGAUCAUGUGUGUGCUCACCUGAGAAGUUACGCUCAGAACAACGCCCCCUUCAGGGAUCUGCUGGGAGAGCCUCGCAUGGGCCGGAUGGUUUCUGCUGUGAUUCAGGAAGAUCGCUACGAAGUCAGUCUGACUAUCAGCUUCGUGUCGGCCGGACAGGAAGAAAAACAGGUGGGUCCAGCAGGUGAUGUUCUCGGCCUGACUGCAGGUGGGACGGAGACUCUGAGCAGCGUCACAGAGCGAUCAGCCGACAGCAGCAGUCUCAGAAGCGAUCGGCCCGCAGGUGCGAUGAAAGCUGCCAAACCAAACCUGACAUCCAAACCUCCAGUGAAGGAUGCCCAGCUGCUGAAGGAGCUGGGUCCGGGUCGAGGUCAGAUCAGCGUCAUCCAGCAGCUCCUGGAUCAGGGGGCGGAGCCUUCCUGCUGCGGCAGCGACGGCAGACAUGCUCUGGCGGUUGCCGUGGUGAACGGUCACCGUGACGCAAUUCCUGUUUUAGUGCAGCGUGGAGCAGACGUGGACCAGCAGUCCGGACGGAUGAAGAACUCGGCCCUGCAUGAAGCCGCAGCUCUGGGCUCUGAAGGUCUGCAGUGUGCUCGAGUCCUGCUCAGCUGUAAGGCCAGCGUGAGGCGGAGGAACGCCAGCGGGCAGACGGCGUACGACGUGGCGGUGAACUCCGGCUGCAACAGCAUGGUGUCUCUGCUGGCUGCCCAGACCGGACUGGACUUACUGGGCAAACUGGGAAAAGUGAACCCGGAUGUUUUCUGAAUCUGCCUCGUUUCGUCCCAAACAUCCAGAUGUUGUGACAGACUUCACCUUCAGGCUUGUAGCACAGAAACACCGGACUCUUUACGAUCCUGAAGCAGUGGCUGCUGGGAGAGGAUGGUAUUUUGAUUGAGAUACUUUUUACUAGAUUUUAAACUUCGUCGAUGAAUAAAAAGUUGUGAAAAACA